UGUACACAACUCUGGCACAUACGAUCGUAACAGACAUUUCACAUGACAGACGAAGUCGAAAAGAAAGUGACAGUGGCGUACGUGAUGGACAUUGAACAGUCGGUGUGAAGACAGUGCCCGAAGACGAUGCCGCUGUUGCAAGAAACUACCCCGAAAAGAGAUAUGCUGACCACGGUGGACUCCGACGAGCCCGCCCCCAUAUCCUCCGUCUCGUACCCGGCCCUCUUCACCCCGUCGCACCUCCUCAUGGCCAUGGCCGCCUCCCGACUUUCUUUAUCCGCGAACCCCGCUUUCUUCCACACCGGCCUCCCGUCCCUCCCCUGGCAGGCCAACUCGCCCCCGUCGCCCCCCAGCAGCGACCCCAUCGGUAGCGCCCUGAAAUCCCGGAAGCUCAACAACAACAACAUCGUCAGCAGCAGCAGCUCCGACCCCGUCCGGCCCGCGAAGCGGAAAGCCUGGAAACCCGACGAGGAGCUCCCGUCGCCCACCUCCAGCGUGUCGCCGCCCACCGGCGACAAGGCCUCCAGCCGGGACCGGCCCUUCACGUGCCAGAUCUGCAACCGCUCCUUCGGGUACAAGCACGUGCUGCAGAACCACGAGCGCACCCACACGGGCGAGAAGCCCUUCGAGUGCCAGGAGUGCCACAAGAAGUUCACCCGCGACCACCACCUCAAGACGCACAUGCGCCUGCACACCGGCGAGCGGCCCUACCGCUGCGACCACUGCGACCGCCAGUUCGUCCAGGUGGCCAACCUGCGGCGGCACCUGCGGGUGCACACCGGCGAGCGGCCCUACGCCUGCGACCACUGCUCGGCCAAGUUCUCCGACUCCAACCAGCUGAAGGCGCACUUGCUCAUCCACACCAACGAGAAGCCGUUCGAGUGCGAGCGCUGCCGCUGCCGCUUCCGCCGCCGGCACCACCUGCUGCACCACAAGUGCGGCGCGCCGGAGGAGGAGUCCACGCCGGAGUCGGAGCCGGAGGACGAGCCGCGGCGGCGGCGCGCGCUCCACCCGCCGUCGGUGCCGCUGGUCACGCUACCGCUGCACGUCUCGCUGCCGGAGCAGACGGAGCCGGAGGACCUCUCCAUGACCACGGGCCUGCACUCCCACAGCAGCGGGGAGUCGCCGCUGUCGCGCUCGCCGAGCUCGCGGGAGGAGGACGAGGAGGACUUCGACCCGCACGAGUCGACGACGAUCUUCCUCCAAGGCCGCCACUCCUAGUCUACUCGCAGAGGUAAUUCGCCGUUUCAGGGAUUUUUUAGUUCUUUAGUUGCUUUGUAUAUGUUUUGUACAGUUGGGUAUGCAAGUUCCUCGACAAUAGCUCUCACCCUGUUUUGUUAUAGUGCAGAGCCGCGGUUGUAAAUAAUAAUUUUAGCUGAGUUCAAAGAAAUUACGCAAAACUGGUACUUCCUUCUACCUGACAACGGUCCAUUUGCAUACAAUUUGCAAGGUCGCUGUUAAAUUUAUUGACGGUCAGGCGGCGAGAUGAAGGUUUUUGGACGUUGUGGGUUCAAUUUUCACAACUAUGGUUCGAAGUAGAACUUUAAGGAACAUGUUUUUGGGUUGGAGGGCUCUUUCCAAAUUAACUUCCCUUUGUGGAUUUUUUUCAAUAUCCUGUUUUCAUUCAAUGUGGUGUUCGUCAUUCGGCAAGACUAGUUUUGAGGCACGAUUUUUAAGAAAUUCGAUACGUUCGAGCUUUGGGGUGACGUACACAUGAUCUGGCUUUAUCGGGAGUUAACGGAAAGUCGGAUUAUUUCGUUUGGGAAUGGUUCGAACACUGGGAAAUAUCUACAGCGUUCUCGUUUCAAAUAAUCAUUUCUACAAAUUUCCAAACUCAAAAUAUACUCUCUAAAAAAAAAAAAAAAUACGAAACACCUAUAAGAGUAUUCUGGCAUAAAUUAUUCAAAAAGUUUUUAAAUUAUCUUUUGGGGUAUUUUUUUAGCCAAAUAUGAUUUCAAACUUUUUUUUCCAAAAUUAAAAUAUAUCUGUCAUUCCAUCGAUGUAAUAUAUACACGGUGAAGACAAAUAAUGUUGACCAAGGUUGAUUUUUUGGCAUUGAUUGAUAACGUGUGUUCAAUUAAAAAAGUCAUCAAUUUGGCGUUCCCCUUUGAUAGAAAAAAAUGUAGCGAAAAACGCAUGUGUUUUAUUAAUCCAUACUGUUGUGUUGUAUAAUUGACAUUUCCACAUUGUUAGCUGUCAACGAUUAAAUUUUAAGUUUAUUGUAGACAUGCUUCACAAUGUUUACAAAAAAUCAAGGCCAACUGGAUGAUUUUUUCAAUUGAUUUAUAUACA